AUGGACCUUUCAGUAGGUGAAGAGGUUCGCACCGAACCUGAUGUUGACGAGUCGAUCGAUGCAAGAAUUGAGAGACUGGGACGGGAGCGGCCCCCAGCAUUCGGGUCAAUGUGGUCUGAAGUGGCAUUCGUGUUCAGCAUAAUAAUGUCCCAGAUCAUAACCGAGUAUUUUGUUUCGGGAUUCAAUGUCAUACUACCGACGCUCAUCAAAGAACUCGGGAUUCCUCAAUCAUCCAGCGUCUGGCCAGCUACGGCAUUUUCCCUGGUGAUUGCGAGCAUGCUCCUGGUUUUUGGCAGACUAGGUGACAUGUUCGGGGGCUUCCCUGUCUACGUCGCCGGAUUGACUUGGUUGUUGAUAUGGAGCAUUGUGUGUGGCUUCAGCACGUCUCCUCUCAUGAUGGACUUCUGCCGAGCGCUGCAAGGACUUGGAGCGGCCGCAUACCUGCCAACAGGAGUUAUGCUGAUGGGAAGCGCUUACCGACCUGGGCCGCGCAAGAACCUGGUCUUUGCAUUAUACGGCACCUUUGCUGUCGUCGGGUUUUUUGUGGGGAUACUCUGUGGCGGCAUCGUCGGCCAAUUUCUCAACUGGGGCUGGUUCUUCUGGAUCGGGGCCAUUCUUACCGCCAUUACCGCCGCCACGUCGAUUCUGUCUAUACCGAACGAUCGAAGAGAACGGCGGAGGAACAAAAUUCCCAUGGAUUGGCUUGGUACCGUGACGAUGGUGCCCGGCACAUGCUCAACGGCGGUGGCAGGAACCUUUGAUCCCGACCUUGUUUGCCUUGGAUGCAUAUUGCUUUUGAUCGCAAUAUACGUGGAAGGUUGGGUAGCCAAAUUCCCUUUACUACCCGGUGAUAUCUUCACUGUCCCAUGCAUGGUGCAACUCGUUCUUGCGAUGCUACUUCUCUACGGCAACAUCGGCAUUCUUUUGCUUUACGGCACCCUGUAUUUUCAGAAUAUCAUGAGCGCCACGCCUAUUCAGGUCGUUGCAUGGUGGACGCCGAUGGUGGUCGGGGGAGUCAUCUUGAGCACCAUGGAAGGGUUCAUCCUCCAUCUGGUGUCGGGCCGCCUGCUCUUGAUUCUCUCAUGCCUCGGGGCGAUUGGGUCCCAGCUCCUUCUUGCUCGAAUUCCAGAGGGUGGAAACUAUUGGGCUUGGAUCUUUCCAGCAUGCGUCCUGGGUACUGUCGGCAUUGACCUCUCGUACAAUCUCAUGGCCGUCUUCAUCACCACGCAGAUGCCCAAGGCGCGACAGGGGCUGGCAGGUGGGCUGAUCAACUCGGUCCUGCAGCUGGGCUUCGCUCUGCUUCUGGGCUUCUCCGACAUUAUCCAGUCGUAUACGGUGGACGAGUCCGGACUCAGACAGAGCUACAAGAACACGUUCUGGUUUGGUGUGGGCUGUGGUACUGCUGCCUUGGCGCUGGUCACGGUUUGGGGAAAGGUCCCCAAGGCGAAGAGUGACCUUACUGCAGAUGAGAAGCUGGAGCUACAGCGGGAAGCCACAAGGCUCUCUGAGGCGUGGCGCAGCAGUCCUGGUGGGAUCUGA